AUGUACUUGAGUGAGACGUCGUCAGACGAAUCACUCGGUCCGAAGAUCUCGAACAUGAUGCCGCCACGGUUCCCAGAACCAGUCAACCUGGCUCUUGCAGUGUCCGCUCCGGAUGAUCCGGAGGCGUGA